CACUCGUUUCGCAACAAGCCCGGGCCGCCCGCGCCCCACCCACUCCCGCGCCGCCUCCUCGCAGCCCGCCGCCUCUCUCCGCUCUCCGCGCUUCCCCUACCUCCGGGGCCGGGCCUGCCCAGCCGUCGCGGAGCCUCCCUCCCGGCCGCCCGUGGCUGUUCGCGCCGUGGCCGCCGCGCCGCGGGUCGGCACGUGCGCGGAGCCCACCUCCCAGCAGCGCAGAGCAGCCCCCCGUUCCGGGCCCGCAGAGCGCAGCGCCCUCCUGGUGGCGGCGCGAUGCUGUGCUUCUUGAGGGGAAUGGCCCUCAUCCCCUUCCUCCUGGUGACCUGGUCGUCCGCCGCCUUCAUCAUCUCCUACGUGGUCGCCGUGCUCUCCGGACACGUCAACCCCUUCCUCCCCUACAUCAGUGAUACAGGAACAACACCUCCAGAGAGUGGUAUUUUUGGAUUUAUGAUAAACUUCUCUGCAUUUCUUAGUGCAGCCACGAUGUACACAAGAUAUAAAAUAGUAGAGAAGCAAAACCAAACCAGCUAUUUCAGCACUCCUGUUUUUAACUUGGUGUCGUUAGUUCUAGGAUUGGUGGGAUGCAUCGGGUUGGGCAUUGUAGCCAAUUUCCAGGAGUUAACUGUCCCUGUGGUACACGAUGGCGGUGCCCUUUUGGCGUUUGUCUGUGGUGUUGUGUACACGCUCCUGCAAUCCAUCAUCUCUUACAAAUCGUGUCCCCAGUGGAACAGCCUUUCCACAUGCCGCAUACGGAUGGCCAUCUCUGCCGUUUCCUCUGCAGCCAUCAUCCCCAUGAUUGCCUGUGCUUCAUUAAUUUCUAUAACCAAGCUGGAGUGGAAUCCAAAAGAGAAGGAUUAUGUAUAUCACGUAGUGAGUGCGAUCUGUGAAUGGACAGUGGCCUUUGGUUUUAUUUUCUACUUUCUAACAUUCAUCUACGAUUUCCAGAGUGUCACCCUAAGGAUAUCCACAGAAAUCAAUGGUGAUGUUUGAAGGAAGGAGAAUUCAAUCUCACUCAAGGAAAGUGGCAGACAAUUUCUAGAAGUGGUACAGAGGAUAGACAGGGUUUUAACGCUGCCCUGCGUGGAAUUCAUCUGCAGCACAUCCAGGACUUGAAUUUCUUUAAGAAUUCCCAAUAGUUGUACUAUUUCCAAAGGUAUGUUUUCCUAGAGAAUGUAGAGCAUUUAUGACAUUGUAGCAAUGUUUUUAUAAUUUUCUAAGUAGACACUUUUUUAUAUUAACAAAUUCAUUACAGAAAAGAUAAGGUGUUCCAGAAAAUGGAGACCUCUUAUUUUUUGUACAGAUUCUGUUUUGUUUCUUUGUCUGUAAGAGAUUUAUGGAAAUACACUAAAGGAGGAAUUCAUUAAAAAGUAAAAUCAGGGAAUAUUCAUUUUAAAAUUUCAUUUUUAGAGAAUGCACUGUAUAAUUUUAUAUCUCAAGAGCAUCUAUAAAAUUCAAUUUAUAAUGAUCAUUAAGAUUUCGUUAAUAAACUAACACUAAGAGACUAUGAUUUUUAGAUGAACCAAGCAAAAUGCUUCUGUUGAAAGGCCUUAAUACUACUAUGCACAUUAACUCAGUGACCACGGAAGACCACGGUUUUGAAAUUCUGUCCCCCCCACAGGCCUCCCUGCUCACAGAGACCAAGCUUCUACCUUUGCUGCUAACUGGCAGUCCGUAGUGAUGUAACUCCAGGUAGGAUUGAUUUAGCAAGGCAGCUUAGAAAUCAAAAGCCUUCUAACAACAGAGUGAAAUGCAGGUGAACAACUAACAGGAAAAACUCACUGGAUUCCGGACUGUUGUCUUUACCAGAUGAGCGGGGAGAGGGGAGUGUGUCUCAGGGAAUAUCCAAGUAAGGUAGGAUUAUGGGAAGGAGACUUUUGCUUAAUACUAAACCUCUGCAAAAGCCAGUCUGCAAACAGCAUUGCAGAUUCCACUUAUAAAACUACCCUUUAUCGUUACUGGCAUAACUUGACAUACAGUCUGACUCACAAGCUGCAACUAACACCUUGCAUUCAUUUUACGCCGGUCAACGUGCUGAUGGGAGCGCAGGUCUGAGAGAGGAGAAAGGGGAGCAGGGUGUGUGAUGGAGUUUGUUUGCUCCUCUUCUUAAUGCCUAUGGCUGGAUGUUUGCACACUUUACAAAAUGUGAAGCAGGUCCUUUGCUCAGCAAGACCUGCACAUGGUGCCACUUUUCACCCAAAUCAAAAAUGACAAAUGAAAAGCAGGUCAUUCCAGAGGAAGAAGUGGGUCUUGAAAUAGGAAGGCUUAGGUUUAGAAGUUGAAGAGAAGGAACUCUUCUUCAGGGACCCUCCAGACCAUAAACCCACGUCUGGCCAAGUGGGUCCAGACCUUGAGGGCAUAUGCCAAGGGCAGAGCAGCCCGCCUGGAUAGCUGUGGAGGAAGGAGUGAGACUCAGGGGUGGUCAGCCACUUCUGCAAGGUCACACUCUAUUUCCCCUAAAGGUUCAGUGGUGAGAGCCUCAGACCCGCUGCUGGGUUAGUGGUAACUUGUUAUAAUGCUGUGGCUCUCUGUGUAACACUGGAACUGAAAUACUGGUUAAAGCUAUGUUCUGCAGAGGGGGAGGAAUGCCACUGAUCUUUACCGUGGAACCUGCAGUAGAAUGAAUCCAGAGCUGGGUCUCCCUUGGAACAGACUUUUGUUAUCAGCCCUUCUGGAUGCAUUGUCAUUCAUUUCUAUAUCUCUGUGCAAGAUUUAGAUUGGGAGCUCCUUGAGGGCAGAGUCUGCGCCUUAAUCUUUGUCUUUGUAACUCCAGCAUUUACCAGGCUGCCUCCUGGUACACAGUAGGUGCUUAAUAAAUAAAUACUCACUGAAUGCAUGAAUGAAGGAAUGAG